CUCUCACCUCCCCCUCACAGCUACUCCCAUCCAUGGAACCUCCCCUCCCAUCGACGGCGUCGUCCGGGCCCUCCUCUCCCCGCCACGGCCCUACUCUUUGCUCUCUUUGCUUCUGCCCCCUUCCUCCGCCUUGACAAGCACCGCAGCACUCGCGACGCAAGGUACAGAAGCGCAGGCUAUCUCGGCCGCCGCCGUCGUCGUCGUCGUCUCGUCGUUGCUCGGAAACGCAGAUGCCCAUGAAGACAACAAGGAUGAAGAGGGCUCCGUCGGCCCUGAGAUCUCCUGCCGCCACUCCCAGGAGGCGGUCGCCCGCGAGGUCCGCACGCAGGUCGACGCCAUGCACCACAGCUUCUCGUGACGCCACGCCUACCGCGCCUCCAGCAUCCUCGCAGAGCUCGCAAAAACGGAUGGGUCUACAUGGAGGACGAACAAGUUCACAAACUUCUCACCAUUCUCGAUGCCGCACCCAUGUGAUUCACAUCUCUAGGAACGUCAUCUCUUCCAUCGUGUGCCUUGUUCCUGGGCAGAGUUCCUGGACAACGGAGUCUCCCCCUGGACCUGACUUUCGCCAAAUGGCCAACUGCUUGACACCUAAGCAAAGGGAUAAAAGUAAGAGGCAUGGGGAUGAUGAUGUCAUGGAUAUUUGGUAAAAUGGUAACGACGAGAGUUCAUCAUGCAGUAAGAAACCAGUAAGAACUAAACUUAGUUUUGUACCAUUGCGGUUUGCAAAGCUUUGGAGGCAACUUAAUGUUUAAGCUCUCUAAUUUGUCAUUCUCCCAUAUGAAAUUGUCUCAUAAUCUAGUUGUAUUUUUUCUGGAUGCUAUUCUUUCAUCAUAGGCCUUUUGUUCUGAAGGUAAAUUAGAGGUUUAUUAAAUUAUGCUUUAAGUAAUUUAUGGGUUAACUUCUCCUCCUUGAGCUGGCUCCUGUCUCCACAUGCCUUUUGCUCCCUUGACCUCCUCCUCCCUAUGAAAUCUUUGUAAGAAGGUACAAUUCAGUACAAAAAUAAAAGGGUAUAUUUUAGUACAAGGAAAUUGAGUAUUUUCACAAAGUAUCAGUAGAAAUUAAAUAUUAGUAUGACAAGAUAUUUUAGUACCUUCUGUGAAGAAAUAGUACAAGUGCAAUCAGCCAGGGAGUUCUACCUGAACAAUAUCAUCACAACUUCACAAGUAUGAAACCGAACCUUUAGUUGCACCAGGUGACUAUCCUUGUCAUCUCCAGAUUGAAGCCUCUCCUCUUAGCCUCUUCUCCAAUCAUGCACUGAAGACUGUAGACAAUGCAGAACAAUGUACAUGUGAAUUGGAAUAGUGGAACCCAGAUCAACCUUCAGUGAACAUAUAUUUUUUGAACUAUUGUCAACUCUGUACAUGGUCCAAAUUAGCUCAUAAUGAUACCUCUCCAAUUCCUGCUUGCCUGAUAUGUUGGAAAUAUUAGCGCUUUUCCGACUAAUCUAAUCCACGAGUAAACAGUAAGCAUGGCAAAUACGGUAUGCAUCUCAUACCGAUACCUAAGCAUGUGAGCACGUACAAUACAUAGAACCGAAACAUCUAUGAACAACAUAUAUACGGCUAGCACAUGAACGAGCAAAUAGGGGACGAACGAGUCAUACCCUCUGGUUGGCCAGGCCAACGCGGCGGCGGCAGCGGUAGCCUCGGCAUCGACCGAGGCCUUCUUCUUGGCGGCGGCGGCGUCAGCUAUGGGGUCGAUGCAGGGGAAGUAGUGGAAGAAGAGGCGGACGGAGACGGGGACGAAUCGGGAGCAGUCACAUCGAGACGCUCCCUAAAAACCUUAUUGCCGUUCUCCCGGGCAGGAUCUCGAACGACAGGGUUCCGGAGGCACCUGCUCUCUCGACCAAACAUGCAUGCGGUAGUUGGGAUGGGAUCGCCGGAAGCAGCAUAGAGAGAGGAACAUUAGAUGACGGAUAGGGUUGUACGAGAGGGAGUGAGUGAACUGAGUUAGGGUUCACUCCACUGGCCAGCGCCUUCUUAUAUAGGCCGUCAGGUAGAUGGGCCUGGGCCAGCCACAUGAUCGAGUCCGCGAACAGCCCACGGUCCAGCGUCUCGGACAGUGGCGCUUCCGUAAGCGACUCGUUAAUUAAUUAACAAUUAAUUAACCAUUCCUGAGCGGCAAAAAUAAGCUUCGGCUCGGCUCAUUCCGCAACCCGC